UAUUUGAUUGUUGAAUAAUAAUAUACUUAUCAGUCCAACCAAUCAUCUAAGAUGUCAAAUGAGAAGUUAUUGGAGGAUUUGGAACUUUCUCACAGUGACUCUGAAACGUCAUUGGGGUCAUCAACAUCGUCAACAUCCUCCUUUGAGACCUACAAUCCAGGGACUUCGUUAACUAUUCUGAUGUUUGGUAACGAGAAGAGAAUUCUGGACAAAAAUGCCAUAAGUCAACUUUCACAAGACUCUGGGUCUGAAACGCAAAUCCAAUCGGAUAUCCCCUAUUAUCAGCAUUGUAGUGUUCCUCAGUGCAAAACAAUGAAAUACAUCUUAGAUCACAUAAAGAUUUGUGAAGGAGAGAGGACCAGUCUUGAAUCCUGCUGUGUGCCAACAGUUCGGUUGGUUUCCAACUGGAACAAUUGUACAAACAUUGAAUGUCCGGUCUGUAUGCCUGUCAAGCUUGUGAUGUACCAUCUUGUGCAAGUAAGUGAAUUGGUGAAAGAACCUCAAAGUGCGGAAGAAAGUGAAGAAACACAACCAGAAAUAAAACAGUGCGAGAUGCCAUUCACUACGCCUAUCCUAGUGAAUCCUUUCAGUGCAAUGUUAAUGGUUGAGCAAACCCAAUCACCAGAUCGCGGUGACGUCUCACCAUCUCGAAAAAAAGCGUCUUUAAUACAUGAAUAUAUUUCUGAUAAGAAGAAGCAAAAGGAAUUGCUGAAUUGUUAUGUUACACGCUGUGGAAUCAUGAGAGGAAUAUUAAAUCAUAUGAGAUCAUGUUCAGGAAGUAGAUCAUGUUCUACACCACAGUGUUCGACAUUCAAACUUAUCAUGAAUCAUUGGAAAUAUUGUGUUCUACCUGAUUGCCAAGUCUGUAUAUCUUCAAAAGGAAUAGAAAUGAAUUUUGUCCAUAUGCGAAGACUUGCUUGUCACUACCAAUUACAACCUCAGGAAAAAGUACCAACAUUUUCAUCAAUUCAUAUUAAAACUCCUGGUAAUACAUUUCAAAAUAAAGAAAAACAUGAAUCGGAGGACGAGAAGAAAGUUGUACCACCAUCAGAAUUAUUGGUUCUCCUUUUGCAUGCAGAAAAGUGCUUGGAAGAGGAGAAUCAAAGUAAAUGUUGUGCAAAGUGUUCAGUUCAGUACUGUGAAAAUGCAAAGGAUGUCUUGAUUCAUAUUUCAAAUUGCAUAGAAGGCAAAUCGUGCCCAGUAUUACACUGUGCUGCAUCCAAGCAUGUAUUUAUUCACUGGCUAGAUUGCAUUGCACAAAAUUGUUCAGUGUGUCUUGAUGUAAAGGACUUCUUCAACCUCUAAAAACAUGCUAUCUACAGUAAACAGUCAAUAAUUACCCAACGAAUAUUGGGAAAAUUCUCAUACAUCAAUUUCAGAAGAGUUUAUUGUCAGUGACUUGUCUGGUUAGACAAGAAAAUAUUUUAGAGAACAUCAAAUUUAGAAGAAGAAUUUUGCAUAUGAGUACUGUUUGUUCU